CACUCUGCUCCUCCUCUUUUAAAACUUCACCCAAUACUUGUGUAAAUCACUCUGGAGUAGACAGUGACAGGGUCAGACGAGCAGAGGAGCUGAAGCACAAUGGAGGAAUCAACCGGCAGAUCAAUCAAGAAAAAAGUUGUGGUGGUGGGAGGUGGUUUGGUUGGGGCGCUGAAUGCCUGCUUCUUUGCCAAAAGAGGCUUUGAUGUGGAACUCUUUGAAACCCGGGAAGAUAUCCGGAAAGCCAAAGUCGUAAAAGGAAGAAGCAUCAACUUGGCUUUGUCUCACAGGGGCCGGCAAGCAUUGAAGCAUGUUGGAAUGGAAGAGAAGAUUGUCUCCCAGGGGAUCCCCAUGCAUGCAAGAAUGAUCCAUUCCCUGAAUGGGAAACAGUCUCCGAUCCCUUAUGGCAAGAAAGGCCAGUUUAUCCUGUCAGUAGACCGAGCCAAUCUGAACAAAGAGCUGCUAACAGCGGCAGAGGCAUAUCCAAACACUAAGUUGAACUUUGAUCACAAACUGCGGGAUUGGAGUGCUGAAACAGGCCUAAUGACCUUUGCCAGGUCAGAUGGGUCCAACGACCAGCUCAAGGCAGACCUGAUUGUAGGCUGUGAUGGAGCUUUCUCUGCCGUCCGCAAACAAUUCCUUCGUCGCAGCCGCUUCAGCUACAGCCAGACUUACAUCCCCCAUGGCUACAUGGAGCUCACCAUGCCACCCAUCAACGGAGAGUUCGCCAUGAAGCCUAAUUAUCUGCACAUCUGGCCACGAAACACAUUCAUGAUGAUCGCCCUGCCCAACUUGGACAAGACAUUUACCUGCACCCUCUUCAUGCCCUUUGAAGAGUUUGAGAAGAUCACCACAGGAGAUGAAGUCAUCGAGUUUUUCCAGAAAUACUUCCCUGAUGCCAUACCACUAAUUGGAGUUGAUAAUCUCAAGAGGGAUUAUUUCCGAUUGCCUGGACAGGCCAUGGUGUCUAUCAAGUGCUCCCCAUAUCACAUUGGAGACAAAUGUGUCCUCAUGGGCGAUGCAGCCCACGCAGUGGUGCCUUUCUACGGUCAGGGGAUGAACGCUGGCUUUGAGGACUGCAUUGUCUUUGAAGAAAUAAUGGAUCAGUUCAGUGAGGAUUUCAGUGCUGUACUGCCUGAGUAUACCAGAGUGCGUGUUCCAGACGACCAUGCGAUUGCAGAUCUGGCCAUGUACAACUACAUUGAAAUGCGAGCCCACGUCAACUCCAAAUGGUUUCUUUUCAGAAAACAUCUUGAUAACUUCCUCCAUUUCUUCAUGCCAAAGACAGUUGUUCCCCUUUACACAAUGGUCACUUUCACUAGGACAAGGUAUCAUGAGGCCGUGGAGCGCUGGCAUUGGCAAAACAAAGUGAUAAACCGUGGCCUGCUGUUCAGUGCUACAGGAGCUGUUUUGGGAGGCUCCUACCUGCUCAUUAAAGAUCCUUCUCACAUCAACAAGCUCAUCAUGCCUGCCGAGAAAAUGUGGCACAGGCUUGUGGCUCGCUGGACCCCCUGAGCACCGGCUCUGAUCUGACAGACAAGUGCAAAGACCGCAGCAUAAAACACAAGAACUGAGAUCCAAUUUUAAUUAGUUUCACUGCAUCAGCUAAUGAACAUGACGAAGGCUCUGCCAGGAAAAUUACUGUAGUGUAAUAAUGAUUGUCUUAACUUAUACAACUCAUAAUGAUUGAUAAAAACAACUUUAUAAUGUCCCACCAGUGUUUAACUGGUAAUGGUUUGACCGAGGGAGCCCAACAGAUUUAAUUAUUUUCAUGUCGUUAUCAUCACUUGCGCAACUUUCAAUGUGAAGACGACAAACAGUGAGUAUUAAACUCAGGCAGUGGCUCAGGGAACGUGCUGUAUGAGUGUAUAAGAUGCUUAUACAUGAAUUGCAAAUAAAUGUCUUUGGCUCUGUUCCUCUCAA